AGCCUGUAACGUCAAGGAAACGCACUGGAGUCACAGCACACACGUGGAUGGUGGUAAGGGGUGUUGUUACUUGAAAAUGCGUACUCUAGGUAAUGGAGUAGAAACAGCAUUUCUUUUAUUUUCGUUGUAAACGUUUUGUUGGACACGUAUAUUUUAAGAUCGAGUAAUCAAAGUGUGAUCUAGGCACAGAUUGUUGUACUAUUUUUUGUGGCCUUCAUUUGGAGCUGUCAAAUCGAAAUCAGAGUCGUUGCUCUUUGUCAAUCGAGUUUUGUGAAGGAUCUCAACAGAAAGCCUUCCAGGUUACACUAUAAACAUGGCCAAAAAUAAACAGAAAGGCAAAAAGCAGCAGAAUGUCUUUCAGGUUGCGAACAGGCAGUCAAAGCCUAAAAGCAAAGCGAAACCUGUGAAGACCUCACUGAAACACAUAAACACUUUGAAAAAUGAUAAAGUAGAGAACUUGAAUCAGAUAUUCACAGAGGUACAGAGGGAUGUAAAAAGCAUAUCAAAAUCCACAUGCAGUGAUCCCAAAAAAGGACAAAAGUUGAUCAGAGAAGCUCCACGGGAACAGGUCAAUGUGGAUAAUGCCGCUCAGCUUUUCUCACAACUGUAGAAGAUCAUCAUUUCAAAUACAGAAAGCAUGAAGAAAAUGGACUCUGGACUAAACACAACACCCAACCUUACUGGACUAAACUUCAUUCCCAAAUGUUUUAACAUAAAAAAAACCUAUCAUGCAAGCCCAUCAUCUAUAUAAAUAAUUAUACGCUAAUGUCUGUAAUAAUAUUGCCUGUGGUUUUUAACUACAUAAUUGCCCUCUUAAGUGCUGAGAAGUUAAUUUUGUAAAUGCAUUCUGGAGCAGCACUGGAGACAUUUUUUGCACAAUCAAAUUAAAUAUCAGUACAUUUGCAGCUUUCCCUCCUUGUGGACUAAAUAUUUAGAGUUGACUAAUUGUGUUUGUUUGCAGAGAAAAGUUAUUAAAGACUGAUUUCCAUUA